CCAUUUUAUCGACACCCAAACCCCACCCUUGAUCUUCUCUGUCCCCUUCCUCUCCUCUUCUAUAUAUCUUCCCAACAUUGCCGACGACGUUAAUCCCAAUUAUUCCCUUUUCACUCCCGAUUCCAAUCUCAAUCUCUCAGCCAACCCUUCCAUCCCAAAUCCUAAGACAAAAUUCAAGGUAGCUUCAGGGCUUCUCAUCAUUCUCUGACGCCUGAAAUUUCAUGAACGAUCUGUCGCUUAAUAUGAGCCAGUCUCAGAUCUUGCAGAUUCAUCAAAACAACGUCGUUUGGCCUCACCGUCCGCCUCCGUUCCCGCCGGACAACGCCGCAGUUGUGUAUCACGGCGCUCAUUCUCAAAGGCAAAUCUUUAACGCUCCCUCGACGGCGAACCCUGUACCUCCGGGUCGGGUUGUCUGGAAGGGGAAGGAUUUCAAACCCGACAAGCGGAAUGAGUUUCGGGCGUAAAGAUUCGUUUCCGGGUCACGGGUACAAACUUCCGGGUCCGAUCGAUUCGCCAGCUCAGAACCGAUUGAAAGGUCGAAGAUUUCAUCGGAAGAACAAGUUCGAAUCCAGAUAUGCUCCGUUCGCUCCGCGUAAUACCACAUCGUUCCUAAUACACUCCAAAAGAUCACGAGGUAACACCACGCCGUGUCCCGUGACGCCGGCGGUCCUACCAACGCCAAUCUUGUCACCCUUGAGCGAGUUUUGGAUCGACAUGGCGAAGGAAGAGUGGGGGGUUGAUGGUUACGGUUCAAUGAAAGGUCUGAUAAGGCUUCGAUCUGGGUCACCUAGAGGUGACGACGAAGAAGAUGAGGAAGAAGAAGACGACAACGACGAUCAUGGUGGCGUUGGCGGUGGCGGGUCUAGUGACAGUGAUGUAGAAGAACGAGUCGAAGUUGAGAAGAGACUAGACCAUGAUCUGAGUAGAUUCGAAAUGAUAUACCCAAAUUUCGGAACCGAUGAUCAAACCAGUGUGUUGGAGAAUCGGGUGGACGAACAGGACUCGCAUAUUGCACGAUUGGAAGAAGAGAACAUGACACUGAAAAAGAAGCUGUUUCUGAUGGAGAGAGAAUUGGACGAACUGAGGAGGAGGGUUCAAUGUUUAGAGACUAAUGGUGGAUGGCGAGCUUGCAGGGACCAAAUCGAAAAGAAUGAAGCACUCUCUGAGCAGAGCGUAGGAAAUGUUCAUGGUGAAGAGGAGGAGGACGACGAGAAUGAUAAGGGUGGUGCAACGACGACGUAUUGUGGGAAAUUCCCAGUUCAUUGAGUUGUUAGAUAUCUGUAAAUAUUUCUGUACAUAGUACAUCACUAGGGUGGUAGUUCUAGGUUGAAGCUCAAGUCAUCCUCGUUUUGUAAUCUAACUCAAGGCCCUGGGAAGAAUGAAACUCGCUGAAUAAUUUCUGCCCAGUUAGAAGAAGAAAUAAUUUCUGGACUAACUGACGAAAAUUUUCA